AUGGUGAUGAUGAGGGCCAGUUGUCGGGAGUCCCCAGAACAUCAGGCUUUCAGAUCGAGUCGUCUGCCAGCGCCAGCCUCCAAGCAGAAGAGUCUUCCAUUGAUGCUGUUUUUGUUGCAAAGACAUCCAAUGGCUUGGAGGAGCUGGACUGGCUGCAUGGGCCAUUCAUCUGAACUGGUAAAGGGACCGAUGCCAGUUGCAAACUGCACCCAGUACCUUGACGAUGCUGACCUGGUGAUGACCCUUGUGACAGGGCUGCCUGUUGUCACGGCGAGCCGAACGCAAUGUUGGCGCUCAGAUGUGUUGCUCAAGGGGAAGCUAUUGUUUUGCUUCCUAUCGAACUUGCAAUCUAUGGAGCGUUCAUGUGCAAACCAUAUCAAGUGGAGGUUGAACACUGGCGUGUAUGCUGUGUUUGUCCCAAUUCAGUGUACUUUCCAAUAUGUCCACGUCCAGAUGCCAGGGGACUGGCUCCAAGUUGCCCAGCAAUGA